CCUCCACUCGGCAGAUAAGGCGGAGCUUUUCCCCAGCCUCCACUCCCCCUUCGACACCUUUUGAAUUCUCCUAGUCAUCGUCCGUCUGGCGAUAGGCUCGCCUAAGCUCGUGCAACAUUACUACCCCAGACGGAGCUGCACACCCGAAUCCCGAGAUUGCUGAUCGGAUCCGUAAAAGACCCUUUCGCACCAGAUGGGGUCUGGGCGGUUGUCUUGGUUGGCACCCAGAAGAUGCACAAGCAGGGCAAAACGCGUUCUAAGACCGGGUGUCGAACAUGUCGCAUCCGUAAGGUGAAAUGCGACGAGGAGAAGCAUCCAGUCGAAGGCCAGGAGCCCCAUUGCCGACGAUGUACGGCAGCAGGCAUCAAAUGCGAGUGGAGGGGUGGGCCGAUUCCGCGCAAAAGCUCGUCCACUUCCUCAUCUCUCCUCGCGACUUCGAGAAAAGUGCCCGCGCGAUUAUCCACCCGCAAUGCUGGCCAAUCUGACAAGGCUGGCGCUAAGCGACUCCCGGCUCAACAAUUUAGCAGUUUUGGCCAGGCGCCAUUACUUCCUUCUCAUAGGAUUGGCAAUGGGAAUCCUAAUCCAAGUAUACAGGCAGCCAACUCCUUGACCCUAUCUGCCUUUGAUCGAGAUUGUCUCAGUUACCUCCAGAAUUCGACACUAGUCAUUAUCCUUGGCAAGCAUUGGCCGUGGUCUACGAUCUCGUACGCAUACCACCGAAUCGCUGUAAAUGAGCCUAUGGUUAUGAGCAUGAUCCUGGCAAGUACUGCUAGAGAAAUACAUCGAUCGCGACUCUACGAUCAGGAGGCGCUUUCCAUCAGCAGUCUGAAUUCAGGUACCACUGCUCACAAUGAGUCUUGUGAACUCGAUGGGCGGACGCAUUAUGGUCGAGCAUUAUCGAGCCUUCGCCAAGCCCUCAAGUCUGGCGUGAAGUCACCGCAAAAAGUGGAAGCCAUUUUUAUCACCCUAUGGCUGAUGAUCGAUUACGAAAACCGAUUCGGAAGCGGUGCUGCUGCCAUCAACAUUCACAUUCGGGGCAUCGAAAGCCUUCUUCACAACCAUGUCGUCCCAUUUCUCCAGGGCCACGCUCAUCAACAUCAUGAAAAUGCAGGACCCCAACAGACAUCACCUCCUGCCAUUACAUCCAAUCUCGAGAAUUCUCCUCGCCCUCCACUGGCGGAUCCUAUAUCACCAGCCACCAGCGAUCAGGCUGCUGAAGUCGGCUCUAGUUUCCUUGUACCACAGUCUAAUUCUGUCGACGGGCUCGGUCGUACAUCGGUUCCUCUAUUUCUGCUCUGGACUUUAUACUUCUUUACUCCAGCAGCAUUAUUUUUUGGACCUACAACAGGACGAUUGGACUCUGAUAUUUUCCACUUUUUCCUUGGUGGACACACCGAUGAAAAAAUUCCUCUUACACUGUCUGAACUAUAUCGAAUUAGUCGACAAUCGCCUGCUCGGUUCUGGGGUGAGACAUAUCCAAUGUCAGCCCAGAUGGAUGACAUGGAGAAUCUUCCAGCGUUGACCCUCUACCAUCGAAGCCAUGUCAUUCAAUUCAAGAUCACUGAACAGUUCAAACUGGGCACACCUACUGAAACGACAGUGGACGCAAUAUCGCCCUACCAAAAAGUUAUAGAUGAAAUUAACAUUUUCGCGCUUGAAUAUGAUACCGUCCUUACGGCCGUCAGAACUUCUCAAUCCUGUGAUAUUGGCGCAGGUCGCCGAGUCUUAGAGACAAGUCACUGGGCUGCCAUUACAUUCUACAGCACCAUUGUCUUCUUCCACCUCUGCUUCCAAGAUAUUAUCAACAAGCAUCCGGGAACUCAAGUUCACAGCAAACUGAUGCCCCUUUCCUCUGCAGUAUCGUUGGUUCUCGAGCUGAGCUUGAAACUUCACCGGUCCCGGCCGCACCUGAUCGUUCGCAUUACGUGGCCUUUAUUCCUAGCUGGAAUUGCAACGUCAGACCGAAUAUAUCAAGAUUGGGUGUCAAUUCGCCUAAAGGAGCUUGGUCGGUUUGGACAAAACUAUACACGCAUCGGCCUCCGAUUUGAUGAGAUUAUCCAGGGCGGGCACCCGUAUGUCUCUGAAAAGGACUUACGCUUCCUAGCUAAUGCUGAAUAAAUUCUUGCGAUGGAUGUUUGCUUUUCAAUCAGACUGUGCUCAUGUAUGUCACUUGGAAGCUAGUACGUGACCCACAGUGGUGUCAUUCUAGAGGAGUAGGGAAGGGGGCUCAUUGCGGUGUACUAAUUCCUGCCCUCCGGACAAUUUCUCUCAUUCUACGUACAUCAAACUGCGUUGUUCAAUCGGUUGUCAAGGGUGGCGUUUCGCUGAGGAAGAGAGACCAAUACUAGUAGAUAUGGGUUAAGUAAAUAUGGGUUUGGCGCCUUAAUGUGGCAAAAUAGCAAUAGCGGUCACAAUAUUGUCAUUUCAGAUCAAAAUUACUAUCGAAGAUUGAACAACCGAUCUCAG